AUGCGAGGAUACCGCGGCGUCAAGUACUUCCUGUUUAUCUUCUGCUAUGUCUUCUGGGUGCUGAGCGCCAUCUUGAUUGCGGUAGGAAUCUACGCCAAGGUCGCCAAGGAGAAAGAUGUGGUGGACACGCUAACGUUGGACCCGGCGCUGCUCCUCAUGGUGGUCGGCUGCCUGACUUUCUUCAUCACAUUCCUGGGAUGUUUCGGCGCCCUACGCAACACCCCCUGCCUGCUCAAGACGUUUGCGUCCAUCCUGGCGGUCUUGCUCCUGCUGCAGCUGACGGCGGGGAUUUUGGGAUACGUGUUCUCCGAUGUGGUGCUGGAGCGAACGGAGCGCCUGAUGAUGAAAACGGUGGUUCGCUAUCGGGAGGAUCGGGACUUGGAGAACGCCAUCGACUUCAUCCAGAAGAAGUUCCAGUGCUGCGGCGUGGACGGCUACAAGGAUUGGUCCCGGAACGUCUACUUUGAGUGCUCCGACUCCAAUCCCAGUUUGGAAGCCUGCGGCGUUCCCUUCUCUUGCUGCGUGGUAUCCGCCAACCAGACGGUGCUCAACACCAUGUGCGGUUUCGGGACGCAGCUGUUAGAACGGGAGCUGGCCGAGCGGGACGUCUUCCCGGACGGAUGCUCGGACAAGAUCGCACAUUGGCUGGGUAAAAACACCAAGAUGGUGGCGGGGCUCGCCGGCGGACUGCUGCUCCUAGAGGUCUGCGUGAUGUCGCUGGCUUGGGUGCAGGUGUGCUGGAUUCAAAGAGUCCGCCGGCGCCAGGCGGCGCUAGCGAGCAGGACUGCGUCGCCAAAGAAAGAUGACUUGUGGUUGCCCGCCUUCGCAGACUUUGACGACCAGUGA